AUGGCAAACAAACAGGAAGAAGAAAACGUGUCGGAAACCUCAGGAGCACAAUUCAAGAAGGACGAAAAAACAAACUUCGAAGAAAUGAAACGGGAGAAAACGAAAGUAGAGUUGACUCGAGACGUCGCUGAAGCAUCGGAGGGAAAACCAGACCUGGACGAUAUAAAACGUGAGAAGGCAAAAGCUAAGUCACAGUUAACUCGAGCUAAACACCAUUUAUUAAAUUUAUUGGAUCAAGAUUUACCUAGUCGCAGAGAACUUCGUACAGCGAGGCAAAAGUUGAUUGAUUUACAGGAACCUGUCAUGAAUUUACUGUCCCUCUCUGCAGAAUACAAAAAGAAAAGAGUACAGGACUAUUUAGAUGCACGGCGAAGCGAGGCAUCAAGCAUUAACACAGGGUCUCUACGAGGCAGCUCAAACCUCUUAAAUGAAGAGGAAAUCCAAGCUAGAAAAAGAGCGGACACUAUUCGGGAGGAGGUGCAGAAGGUUGAAGAAGCUAAAAGAAUUUUAGAGGAAGAAUUUAAAGCAAAGCGAGAACAAUUAGAACAAUUAAACGAAACCAUUCAAGAAGGAUACAAAGAACUCGAGCAAGCUGAAAAUGAAGUGCAGAGGAUGCAAGAGGAAGAGAGUGUUGGUUACCAUGACACUGACAAUCCGGAAACAGAUAGUAUCAUCAAUGUAGUGUCAGUGGCUGUAAUUUCUGGUGACAAACGUACAUAUGAAAGUUGGAAAGCAGCCUUAGACAAAGCUCCAGCAACUCCAGAGUAUAAAUUAUUACAGCUGAGACAAUAUCUAUCUGGUGAGGCUCUGAAGGCUGUAGAACACCUUGGACACUCUGCAUUUUCUUAUGAAGCAGCAAAGGAUCGCCUUGACCGAAAGUUUGGAGGCCAGAGACGACAAGUUAUGCGUCACCUAGAACAGUUAGACUUGUUUCGACCAAUUCGGGCUGGGAAUUCGAAUGACGUCGAGAAAUUUGCAGACAUACUGGAUGUGGCUGUUGUCAACCUCAAGAAGGCAGGAAGGACAGAUGAACUUAAAAAUGGUUCUUUGUAUGUCAAACUACAAAAGAAUAUUCCAGAGACAAUGUUAUCUACAUAUCACAGAUGGGUGUUCGAAAAGCAAAAGACAGAGUCAGUGGAGAUUCUAAGAGAGUGGAUUAUCCAGGAAUCUGAAUUCCGAACUGUUGCGAAUGAAACUGUGUAUGGUUUACAUGUGGAUUCAAACAAUAAUUUGGAUGGAAAAAAGUGUGUCAGUAAUCGUAUACAUCGAAGAGCAUUCUUUGGAAACACUAAGAACUUACCAAAAAGUGCAAACAGGUAUCAACAUGUCCAGUCUGCAUCAGUGUUGAACCGAAAUGCUCCAGAAUUUUGCCCACCUAAAGACACUCAGAGACAGAACCCCUCAGUUAAUUCUGUUGUAAACAAUAAUGUUGAUACCCAGAGAUUGGUGAAUCAAGACAGAACUUUAACAUGUCAUGGAGGGGAGCCACAGUUCAUUGCAUUGAGAACCAUUUCAGUUAUUGUGAGAAAUGGGUCAAAGACAGUGAGAAUUAAUGCAUUGCUUGAUGAUGCUAGUACGCGAACAUACAUCAACUCAGAUGUUGCAGCAGAAUUAGGCUUACAUGGUAAAUUGCAAAGAGUGACAGUCGGAGUUCUAAAUAACAAAACUGAGUCAUUUGAAACCAUGCCUGUAGAAUUCCAAAUAGAAAGCAUUGAUGGCAAGAUUAAAACCAAAGUGGAAGCCUUAACAGCAGACAAAGUUACUGGUGAUAUGUGUGUAGUAAAUUGGAAAGAGUAUCAGCACAAGUGGAAUCAUCUGAAAGGACUUAAAUUCCCAGUCAUAGGUAAACAUCCACUUGUGGACAUACUAAUUGGAAUGGACAACAGCGAACUUCAUUAUGCUUAUCGAGAAAUCAGAGUUCGACCUAAUGAACCAGUAGCUAGGCUUACUCCAUUAGGAUGGACUUGUGUGGGGAAAAUUUAUGGUGGCAGUGAGAUAUGUGUUCAGACUCAUUAUAACAGAACUUACUUCCUCCACAAUCAGAGGAGUGAAAAUGAAACAGACAAAAUUUUGUGUAAAUUCUGGGAGAUGGAAGGAUUCAGUGAACCAAAGAAACAGUUGUUUAGUCCAGAGGAGCAAAUUGUGUACUCAAAAGUGAAGGAGUCUCUAAAGUUUGUAGAGGGUCGUUAUGAAGUCGCUAUACCUUGGAAGAAAGAUGCAUGGAUUCUGCUAAAUUAUUACGACAUGGCACUCCAAAGAUUGGAGAACACGGAAAAGCGAUUGAUGAGGAACAAGGAAGUGAGAGAUUCAUACUCAAACACUAUUGAACGGUAUGUGGAAAAAGGAAACAUACACAAAAUUGACCACAAUGAGGAGAAAUCUGGGACAUGGUAUCUUCCACAUUUUCCUGUCAUUCGACCAGACAAGACCACAACAAAGACACGUAUCGUAUUUGAUGCAUCAGCUAAGCAUGAUGGUGUUUCACUAAACGACAUGAUUCAUUGUGGCCCUCAACUUCAGAAUGAGCUCUUUAAUGUACUACUUAGAUUCAGAAGAAACAGUGUGGCGCUAGUGUGUGACAUUGCAGAAAUGUAUCUUCGAAUAAAGGUUCCACUGGAAGAUAGACCCUAUCAGCGAUUUUUGUGGCAUGACAUGAUGUUAGAUGCGAGACCGGAUGUGUAUGAAUUUAGCAGUGUUGUGUUUGGGAUAAAUUCGUCACCAUUUCAAGUACAGCUUGUCGCACAGACACAUGCUGAGAUAAACAGAGAAAAUUAUCCCAUGGCUGCAGAAACUGUUUUGAAAUCCACAUACAUGGAUGACAGUAUGGAUUCUGUAUCGAGUGAGGAAGAUGGGAUUAAGCUCUACUCAUAG